UUCACUUGGCCGUAAAUAGGAGCAUGCUUGCUUAGAGACCUGUUGAUAUUCAUUGAACUGACUGUAGGAUCUGAGAAUAAAAAGAUAUAAAGAAUACACUUUGGCUGCUUUCAAAAACCCUUUAAAGAGUUUCUUUUAUUUCCUAAACUUUACAAAGUUCGACUACAAACAUGGAAAUACUAAAUGACUUUGCAGAUGAUGGUUCAUUCAUGUUCACAUCAGAGUCAGUGGGAGAAGGGCAUCCAGACAAAAUUUGUGACCAGAUCAGCGAUGCGAUCCUUGAUGCACAUUUAAAGCAGGAUCCUGAUGCCAAAGUGGCUUGUGAGACGGUCUGUAAGACUGGUAUGGUGCUUCUGUGUGGUGAGAUCACAUCCAAGGCCAGUGUGGACUACCAGAAAAUUGUGAGGGACACCAUCAAAAAAAUUGGUUAUGAUGACUCUGAGAAAGGUUUUGACUACAAGACCUGCAAUGUACUGGUGGCUAUUGAGCAACAGUCUCCUGAUAUUGCACAGGGUGUACAUAUUGAUCGGCAUGAAGAGGACAUUGGUGCUGGAGACCAGGGUCUAAUGUUUGGUUAUGCUUCCGAUGAGACAGAGGAAUGCAUGCCUUUAACCAUUGUCCUUGCCCACAAACUUAAUGCCAAGAUGGCUGAACUGCGUCACAAUGGCACUAUUCCUUGGCUUCGUCCAGAUUCCAAAACACAGGUGACUGUUCAUUACAAGCAGGAGAAUGGAGCUGUGAUUCCUGUGCGAGUGCACACUGUGGUUAUUUCAGUCCAGCAUGAUGAUUUCAUCUCACUGGAGGAGCAGAAGAGGAUAUUGAAGGAAAAAGUUAUCAAGGCUGUAGUGCCCGCUAAGUAUCUCGAUGAUAAGACUGUAUACCAUCUACAGCCCAGUGGCCGCUUUGUCAUUGGAGGACCUCAGGGAGAUGCUGGACUCACUGGAAGGAAGAUCAUUGUAGAUACUUAUGGUGGAUGGGGUGCCCACGGUGGAGGAGCCUUCUCUGGAAAGGACUACACCAAGGUGGACCGCUCUGCAGCUUAUGCUGCACGCUGGGUGGCAAAGUCUCUGGUCAAAGCUAAACUUUGCAAGAGAGUUCUUGUACAGGUGUCUUAUGCUAUUGGAGUGACCGAGCCGUUGUCUGUCUCGCUUUUUACCUUUGGUUCAUCUGAGAAGACAGAGAAGGAACUGCUUGAUAUAGUCAACAAAAACUUUGACCUAAGGCCCGGUGCUAUUGUUAGGGACCUAAAGCUGAAGAGGCCGAUUUAUGAGCAGACUGCCUGUUAUGGUCACUUUGGCCGGGCUGAAUUUCCCUGGGAAGUUCCUAAGUUACUUUCAGUUUAAGAUGAGCAAGGCACAAGAGAUGCACAUAGGACAACUAUAAAGACCUCUAACUGAAAACUGAGAGCAAUCCUGCAAUCUCCUGUCCUGCUCUCACUUUAUUCAUCCCACCACAUGAAUGCCACUGCAAUCUGAAACAAAGCUCAACAAUGAAUGAGAACUGUUAGUGUAAAAGUCUGCUUUUAUUUUUAUUUUUUUUAGAAAGAAUUGUCAAUACAAAAGUAUGGCCAAAAAAUGUGGACAUCUGACCAUCACACCCAUAUACGCUUUUCUGAACAGAUUUUGUUACAAUUAACUGUUUUAAUAAUUUCUGAGAAGGCUUUCCACUAGAUCAGAAGGAGUGUAUGCAAGGAGUCUGUGUGGGUGCAGGGUUUUAAACCAGCCAUGUGGGAAGUACACAUAAUAGUUGAUUGGAGACCAAGGCGAACUGAUUCAACAAGUGAAACUGACCCUUUGUAGAUAUAUUUGAAGAUCCCUGCUUAAGAUCUUAAAAUGUGAACACACAUAUAUACAUACACAACCGUUCAAAAGUUUGUGGUCACUUUCUAACUCCAUGAUCGUUCCUGAUUUUUAUUUCUUUCUACAUUGUAAAGGAAUGCUGAUGGCAUCCAAAAAAUGCAUUUAUUUCCUUUGAACAGUUAAUGGUGAAAUGUGUCUCUGUAAAGACUUCAUAAUGCCUCUAAUCUGAGGUGCUGUUAAUUGGUCAUUUUUCAGGCUGAUAACUCUAAAUGAACUUCUCGUCUGCAGCAGAGGUAGGUUUUGGUCUCGCCCUCCUGGGAUGGCCUUCAUGAGAGCCAGUUUCAUUAUGGUGCUUGACGGAUUUUGCAAAUGCACAUGACAAUACUGUUCUUGCAAAAACUAUUACAGAAAGGCUGACCUCUGUGUCUUAAAAUAACAACUAACUGUUGUUUUUGUUGUUGUUACGUAAUUACCUAAUUCCAUAUGUGUUAUUUAAUAGUUUUGAAAUCCCCAGUAUUGUUGUAGAAUGUAGAAAAUAAAUCACUAAACAAAAACAAAGAAAUUUGCAAGUCACCCCAAACUUUGAACGGUAGAAUAUAUAUACACACAGUCCAAGGAUGUGCAGAUUAAGCUAAUUGGCAUUCCCAAAUUGCCUGUAGUGUGUGAAUGUGUGUGUGAAUGUUGACUGGAGGUCCUACCAUGAUCAUACAAAAUGGGAAUAAAUUAAAUAGUCAUCAUUGGCCUCCCUGGUCCCUGGAUUGGACUACAGAGGAUACUAGAUAGAUGGAUGGAUAUACAGGAUGUCCCAAAAAUUUUACAUAAUUUCGCUAACAACAUAGCCAAUUAUGGCUUUAAAGAUCUUAAAGUUUAAUGAGAUGUGUAAAAACUAAGUUGCUAUGCAAUAGAACCUUUAAUAUGAGGUGUUUGAAAAGCAUCUUAUUUUUAGUCAGCAAGCAUUAUGUUCCUCAUGCUACAGUUAAGCACAUGAGGGACUCGCUGAAUUUGAAUGUGUUGGAGCUGGACUACUGACUUGAUGUGUGUCUUGUCACAGGCGGUGCGCAUAUUGAACUUUUGUAAAGCUUUUUUUUUUUUCAUUUUUUAACAUGUUCAAUUUUGUUUGCCUAGGACAAGUAGUUACUUAGAUAUUCAUAUUUCAAAUUAUGUCAAAAUUUUUGGAUAUAAAUACUACUGUCCUUCCAACUUUUCCGAGGUAGGGGAAACAAACAUGGUGCAAUGGUCAGAUGUCUAUAUAUAUAUAUAUAUAUAUAUAUAUAUAUAUAUACCAUACAGUGUAUUCUCAGGUUUUCAGUUUUUUCAUAUGUGUAGAAAAUUCAUCACUUUUGUCCCCAUUCUGUUUUAUUUUACCAUGCAUUUGCCAGGUUCACACAGCUGUUAAGAGCAUUUGCAUGAAAUUCCACAAAAGUAACUGCCUUUGAAACAACCUAUAACAUGGAGAAUGUUGCUGCUCGGGGAGUGAUUUCUGUACCAGCUUUAAUACACAGCCAUUUUAUCUCAGUUGUAUUAAGCAAUACAUAGGUUGUAAAUGCAGACACUUCCUGUCUCUUAUGUCUUAAGUAUCACAGCAGUUUCCACUGAGAGUUAGAUGAAACUUACACUUAAAAUCUGUUACAACUGGUCUCAAACAUCCAGAUUAGUGCUGUUUUCACUAUAGUGUCAUAUACUACAAUUAAUAAUAUGAAUGACUACUUAGUUGAAGCACAAUUGCUGUGUCUUUCUCAUAUUCAGAAAAAUACCUGCUGCUUUUUAUUUUUAUCGUGCAUUACAAGGAGCUUUACUAUACAAAUGACCAACCAAAUAAUGUUGCUCAUUAUGCUGUAAUUCAGGUCUUAACACUAUACUGUUUUUUUUUUGUUGUUGUUGCUGCUGUUUCUUUUUUUUAUCAUUAUUAUAAACUAUACUGGGUAUUUGUUGUACUAUACUGCAAAUGGAAAAAAAAACAUAAUUGGAAUAUGGUAUUUUGUCCAUGCUGUGCAGCUCAAUUUUAACCCGAUACUUUAGUACUGCUUUUAACUUUUUUUUUUUUUUUAGGUUGUAGUGAAACAUGGGUAUGAAUUGUUGGACCAUUAUAGUAUUUAAAGUGAAACAAGGUUGUUGUAAAACAGUUUUUGAUGUGAAAAACAUUACCGGCCUUAUUACUCAUGACUUAAGAAAUGAAAUGUUUAUCUUAUAUCUUAGGAUAGGAUCUGCUUUACAGAUUCACUGUGGUAUACAGUAAAAGUCAUACACCAGUGUAUCAAUGUGUGUCUAUAAUCAGCUAAAACCUAAAUUAUGCUGUCUGACUGAGAUGUGCUACAGUAGUUCUCCUUUCUAUAAGUUCAAGCUACUCCUUUUUUUGGCCAAGUAUUGCCUGUUCUUAUCAGUUCUGUUCAGAUGUGACUUAUCUUUGUCAUCUGUAAUUUUAUCUGUGUAAAUAAUUGUGAAUAAUUAUUAUUUUAAAAAAUUUAAAAAAGCUAUUUAAUAAGAACCUCUAAUCUGCGAAGGUUAUUGCAUCAUGGCUAUUCCAUACUAAAAUGUUUAUGUGCUGGAUUGCUCAUCUAUUGGCUUAUCAUCUGUACGCAUAUUUCAGUGGAAGUGAAAAGAGUGCGAAAUUCAUUUACUGUAGUAGUUAUGUUAAAAAUUACUUGUGUCAAUA